GGCGCCUCUAGCGUCGACAAUAAUAUGUAAAGUUAAGUAGUAAAACUUUGAUAAUACGAAAAUGUAAUGGAUUGUUUAAGGUUCUUUGGCGGAUUUUCUUAACAAGAAAUGUUUUUUUGAUAGUUAAUAAUUACGAAAAUCUGUCAAAAUGUCACUGUAUGAUGGAUUGGGUCUCGAUACAAAAGAAAAAGGACACAAAGACCAAAAGUCUGAUUUGAUGGGCUGGUCUUCAGGAAUCAAAUUACUUCAGUCUCAACUUCAGUUGAAAAAAGCUGCAUUGACUCAAGCAAAGGUAACAUUUUCUUCAGUUAAGAGAGAACAAUUCAGAAAAGGUGCAGUAUUAGCUCCUGUUGUCAAUCUAAAGUCUCGAAGAGAUGAUCAAGAUGAAAUGCCACCUCCUCCAGCAAUCUCAAUAAUUCCAAAUAAAGAAGGUAAAAGUCCCAUAACAACUGGAUCAUUACUUGGAGGAGAGUGGGAUAUUCGUCAAGAGUAUGAUCCUGCAUGGCCUAAUGAUUAUGAAAAAAUAAUGAGGGAAAAGAGAGAGAAGAAAGACAGAGAUCGAGGAGAUGAUCGUCAUAAACAUUCUGAAGAUAAAGAUAGAGAUUCUGGUCAUCCAUAUGGCAAUAAACAUGGUAGGAGAAGAAGAGAGAGAGAGAGGGAUAAAGAAAGAAAUAGGGAAAUGAUAGAAAGAAAUCGUGAGGAAGAAGCUGAAGAUGAGAGAGCAAAUAAAAGAGAUAGAAGAGAGAGAGAGAGGGAUAAAGAAAGAAAUAGGGAAAUGAUAGAAAGAAAUCGUGAGGAAGAAGCUGAAGAUGAGAGAGCAAAUAAAAGAGGAUUGGGCUUUGGUGCUGCUAUUGCACCUCCACCAUCUCUCAUGGAAACUGCAGAAAAGAAGGAACCAUUACCACCACCACCUUUCAGUGGAGCAUCAUUUCAAUCUGGUUUAGGUACUUCUGUGGCUGCACGCAUCAUGGCUAAAUAUGGUUUCAAAGAAGGACAAGGUCUUGGCAAACAAGAACAGGGAAUGAGUCAAGCAUUGCAAGUUGAAAAAACUAGUAAAAGAGGAGGAAAAAUUAUUCAUGAGAAGGAUAUUCCAAAAGAACCACCUUCACCUCCACCAGAACCACCUCCACCACCUGCUCCAGUCAAUAUGAAUCCGUCUGAAUCAAUUACAGAAAUAAUGAAAAAUCCAUCUAAAGUAGUUUUAUUAAGGAAUAUGGUUGGUCCAGGAGAAGUUGAUGAUGAAUUAGAACCUGAAACAAAAGAAGAAUGUGGAAAAUAUGGGGAAGUAGUAAAAUGUCUCAUAUUUGAGAUUGCGGCUAGUGAUAUUCCCGAAGAAGAAGCUGUUCGUAUUUUUAUUGAAUUUAAACGAUUGGAAUCUGCAAUUAAAGCUGUUGUUGACCUCAAUGGACGAUAUUUUGGAGGACGUAUUGUAAGAGCCGGUUUCUAUGACCAGGACCGAUUCAAGAGACUUGAACUGACGGACUGAGACGAUGGCAUAAUGUGUAAAUUAAAAAUCGGCACACGCUUAAUUCAUAUGUAUAUGAAACAUAAUGUUUUUUUGGUCCUGUUUAAAAAUAAAUUUUUUAUAUACAAACAUUAGUUCUCGGAUUUUUUUAGAAUGUGUAUUUUUGUUUACAUGAGAGUGAAUUUGUUAACUGCUAGAUUAUUUUA